GUGACAUCCAGCAGCUUCGAUCCCGAUGACUUGCUCAUCUCCGUGCGCGCUUUCGCUACGAAGGAGCUGCAGCUCCUUCCGGGGGAGGGUGCUUCUGGGCCAGAGCUGUCGUUAGCUUAUCCUCCUCGCACUGCCUUCACCUCGGAUGACCAACUGCGGUCGUCGCUGGCAGAGCUGGGGCUCACACCUAGCGCCACCCUUCUGAUCAAGGGCAUCUCUGCUGUGCCGGCCCCUGCAGAGCCUGCCGAGCUCGCAGAGACAGAAGGAGCUGCAGGAGGUCCCGAAGUCGAGUCCGA